AUGUUGGAGACCUACUUGAACCUCACUGCUAUAGGCUAUAAUUGGGAAGACCAUCAUAUUGAAGAACAAUGUCAAAGUUCUGGAAGACAUGAAAGGCAUGUAAAAAGUCAUAGUGGAGAGAAAACCAAUGAAUGUAAUCAAUGUGGUAAAGCCUUUGCAACACCUAGUAAUCUCCGAAGACAUAAAAGAGUACAUACUGGAGAAAAACCCUAUGAAUGUAAUCAAUGUGGUAAAGCAUUUGUGAGACAUGGUCAUCUCCAAAGACAUAAAAGAACACAUCCAGGAGAGAAACCCUAUGAAUGUAAUCAAUGUGGUAAAGUCUAUUCAGAAGAAAGAGCUCUUCAAUAUCAUAAAAUUACUCAUACUGGAGAGAAACCUCAUGAAUGUGAUCAAUGUGGUAAAGUCUAUUUAGAAGAAAGAACUCUUCAAUAUCAUAAAAGAACUCAUACUGGAGAGAAACCUCAUGAAUGUAAUCAAUGUGGUAAAGCGUUUGCAAGACCUAGUAAUCUCCAAAAGCAUAAAAGAAUACAUACUGGAGAGAAACCUUAUAAAUGUAAUCAAUGCGGUAAGGCCUUUUCAUAUCCCAGUAAUCUCCAAUAUCAUAAAAAAAAACAUACUGGAGAGAAACCUUAUGAAUGUAAUCAAUGUGGGAAAGGCUUUUCAUGUCAGAGAAAUCUCCAAUAUCAUAAAAGCAUCCAUACCGGAGAGAAACCUUAUGAAUGCAAUCACUGUGAUAAAGCCUUUGCACGACCUGAUCAUCUCCAAAGACAUAAAAGAACGCAUACUGGAAAGAAACCCUAUGAAUGUAAUCAAUGUGGUAAAGCCUAUUCGGAAGAAAGAACUCUCCAAGAUCAUAAAAGAAUUCAUACUGGAGAGAAACGUUAUGAAUGUAAUCAGUGUAGUAAAGCCUUUACAUUUCCCAAUAGUCUCUACUAUCAUAGAAUAACACACACUGGAGAGAAACCAUAUGAAUGUAAUCAAUGUGGUAAAACCUUUUCACAAAAUUAUAAACUCCAAAGACAUAAAAGAUCCCAUACUGGAAAGAAACCUCAUGAGUGUAAUCAGUGUGAUAAAGCCUUUGCAUAUCACAAUCAUCUCCAAAUACAUUAA